AGAAACAACUCAGACUUCAACUGUUUAAACCGUUAUUACAACAAAGUCUGUCAAUUUCGAGUUGUGUUAUAUAUCAUUGUGAAUACUUUUAUAAUUGUGAAUUGUCUCUUGUUCAUAAGAAUGUCGUCAACAGAUUUCUAUCUUCGUUAUUAUGUUGGUCAUAGAGGGAAAUUUGGCCAUGAAUUUUUGGAAUUUGAAUUUAGACCGGACGGAAAGUUGAGGUAUGCUAACAACUCCAACUAUAAAAAUGAUACGAUGAUCAGAAAAGAAGCAUAUGUGCAUAAAUGUGUCAUGGAAGAACUGAAGCGUAUUAUAGAAGAUUCUGAAAUUAUGAAAGAAGAUGACAAUUUAUGGCCACAACCAGACCGUGUUGGAAGACAGGAAUUGGAAAUAGUGAUGGGAGAUGAACAUGUUUCAUUCACUACUUCAAAAAUUGGCUCAUUAGUUGAUGUUAACCAAAGCAAGGAUCAAGAUGGUUUGAGGUGUUUUUACUAUUUGGUACAAGAUUUAAAAUGUCUUGUAUUUUCACUUAUUGGUUUGCAUUUCAAAAUUAAACCAAUUUGAAUAUUAUUUCUUCAAUAAAUGUUUUAUUAAAAAUGUAUAUAAUUUCAUUUCUUAUGAAGGGAUAAAUUGCAGACUUUAAUAUUGGAUGUUGCUGAUGAAAUAAAAAAUGCCAUAACCACA